GAAUCUAGAAAGUGGUUAUUAUAUAGCACAGGAGCAUAUAGUGGUGUGGAAGGAAGGACGCAGAGGAGAGAGAGAGAAAAGUAUGACAAGGAUAUGAAAGAAAUAAGACAACAACCUUCUUAGCCUCCUCUAUAUCCUCCUCUCCACUUCUCCCUUGUCAUGAGUUCCAUGCUAGCUAGACCAGAACCAGUAGCAAGAACAAGCAACAACUAGUGGCAGCACUCGAGAAAGAGAGAAGGCAUCCAAUUCAUCAGCGGCCGCUGUGGCAGCACUCGAGAAAGAGAGAUGGCAUCCAAUUCAUCAGCGGCCGCUGUGGCAGCGCUAUUUGGAAUUAGGGAUGGCGACCACCAGGAUCAGAUUAAGCCGCUGCUUGCGCAGCAGCACCAGCAGCCUCCUGUGGCACCGCUCAACGCCGCUUCUUCCUCGGCGGGGUCUGGCCAUGCGACAGCGGCGUCACCACCAGUGAAGAAGAAGAGAAACCUACCAGACCCAGACGCGGAGGUGAUCGCGCUGUCGCCCAAGACGCUGAUGGCGACGAACCGGUUCGUGUGCGAGGUGUGCAACAAGGGGUUUCAGCGGGAGCAGAACCUGCAGCUGCACCGCCGCGGGCACAACCUGCCGUGGAAGCUGAAGCAGAAGGACCCGGCGCAGGUGCAGCGCCGGCGCGUGUACCUCUGCCCGGAGCCGACGUGCGCGCACCACGACCCCGCUCGCGCCCUUGGCGACCUCACGGAAUUGCCUCCAGAGCAGGGGAGAAGAACGGGAGUGCGUAAUGAUCUUAGCCAGAUAGCUAGCUAGUAAGUCGAUGUCACUACCGAGAAAAAUCCAGCACAAAGCUACGAAUUCCUUACCAGGGGAACAGACAGUAUUCUCCGCUAUUCAAGCUUGCCACCUACCUCAGCUUGGCUCCCACGGUUUAAUUUUGUUUGGUUUAGUUUCUACGAACACUGUAAUAUGAGCGCUUAA